AUGGGAGUUCCUGAGAAUUGGGGGAUUGUUUGGAAGAUCAAAGCUCCUCCUAGAGUCAAGCACCUUAUUUGGAGAAUUUGUAGGGAUUGCCUUCCUACUCGAGAGAGACUCAGGAAUCGCUUUGUGGAGUGUCCGCCCGACUGUCAGUUUUGCGCUAGUACAACCGAGGAUGAAUGGCAUCUUUUUCUGACUUGUACAGUUACUAAUCAGUGUUGGAGGGCAGCAGGUUUGUCUCAUCUUAUAGAUUCCCGUUUACACUCCUUUCAGGAUAUUAAAUCUCUUAUUUUUUAUAUCUGUUCGAAGGAGAGCAAAGAAGUUUCAGGAAGAUUUGCAGUUAUGUUGGAUGUACUUUGGAAAAACAGGAAUGAUUAUGUUUGGCAUAAUGAGCAAGAAGAAGCGUCAACUUUGGGUUUAAAAGCGACUUACUUAUGGAACGAAUGGUUUCAAGCCCAAGAGAGAUUGACUAGCAAUGCUCGUCUCAAUCAUGCUUUAGAGUGGAGUCCACCUCCCGUGGGUUGGCUUAAGUGUAACGUCGAUGCGGCUUUCAAUAAUAAUAACGGCACUACUAAUAGGGGUUGGUGUGUUCGUAAUCACUUUGGCAACUUUAUAUAUGCAGGUAUAGCUUGGGAUCCAGGGACUCUACGUGUCAUUGAAGCUGAAGCUUUGGCUCUUAAAGAAGCUAUCCUUAGGGCUAUAUCCUCGAAUUUGGAGUUUGUGAUUUUUGAAAGUGACUCCCAAACUGUUACACAAGCUGUCCUAUCAAAUAAAAAGGGCGACUCUGAAUUUUGUCUUAUUAUUGAAUCUAUUUUGUUUUUGCUAUCCAGUUCACGUAUUCAUUAUUUUUUUGGAUUUUUCACAAUGUCUGCUAUUGGCAACAAUUUCAAUCAGCUUAGUGAAGAUGAUAUAUUGCCUGCAUAA